AUGACCCGACAACUAUCAGUCGUCGAGCCACACCCAACCGUGCCCAAGAAGGGCGGUUACGUGAUGGCCGGCGGCCGUGGCGGAUCUGGCAACUACAGGAAGUACAAGUCGGAGGAAGUCACCGAUGGAGCCUCCGCGACUGGCCCAGCAUCAAGAGUAUCGCUCACACGGCCCUUCACCAAGCGCAUCGUGACCAGCGGACGAGGUGGCGCCGGCAACAUGUUCUCUCCCUCAACAUCCGACACCGAGAGCACCAUCUUCCAAUUCGAUGAGGAAAUGGCCAACCACCGCGAGAACGUCACACCAGUUUACCGCGUCGGACGAGGCGGCGCUGGAAACACCUUCACCGAUGACUCCAAGUCACAGUCACUUUCCAUGACGCGCAAGCCUAGCACCGACUCUGCGGCAUCAUCGACAUCAGACCGCAUCAGCAUCACAAGACAGGGUGGCAACGUCCUCAGCAGCAUCUUCAGCCGACGAUCAUCGUAG